UGAGCUUUCCCGUCCUGAUUUAUUCUUACCCCAGUCAAGAUCCUUAUAAGUUUAGGGGAACGGCCAACUAAUCGCUAGUCUCCCACGUGGAUUGGGUUUCUUUGAUACGGCGCUUUAUUCUACUUCUCUGAUCUCCCUCCUUUUCGCUCUCCCUCUUUAUGAGGUACGAUCCGUAAAUCAACCUCACCUCCGGACCCUACCUAUUACGACCACUGUCUGGCUAUCUCCUAUUGAUCAGCAGCAAUGAAGGGCUGGUUUCAGACCCUAGGCCUCGCUGCCUUACUGGCAGGACGGACGCUUGCGAACGAAGUGGAAUUGACGCAGGACGAAACCCACCGGCAGCGAUGCUCGGGAAUGUAUAGUCGCAAAGCAUGGGGCGGUGAAGUCGACCCGUUCAUUUUGACGAAAUUCGCCCCAGCCGCCGAUGUUGGUGAUAAGGAUCCCCUGGUUAGCUUGGUGAUCUUUGAAUGGAGUGAUGAGGCUCUGAUCGGACGCCCCAUAUCCGACGAUAGCGAUGAGAGAGAGACCAUUUGCGACGAAAAGAGUGUGGAAGCGCAAUACUGCACGGAAGACCAAAUAGGGUCCUUCAUACUUGCGGCCAACGCCACUGACGCCUCGAAAUUUCCUAUUAUCACCAAGGCUGUCCACCUCAAGAACCCGGCCGCCAUCAACUACCCGGUCAAAAAGACGGGUUUCUACUGUGUGAGCACGUAUGGUUACUCGCCGCAGGACUACAAAGCGGUGGUGGAAUUCAGAAAUGCCUAUGGUGAACUCCCAGCUGCGCAGAUUGCAAAGCUACCCUUUUAUGGGGGCCUGACGAUCGUGUACGCGGUUAUUGGGAUUUUCUGGGCCUUCCUAUAUGUGCAGAACCGACAUGAUAUCUUGCCGGUGCAAAACUAUAUUACCGCCAUUGUCGUCUUUUUGAUUAUCGAACAAUUGAUGACCUGGGGCUUCUACGAGUUCCAAAACCAGAAUGGUUUGAAUAUGGGGGCCAAGGCACUAAUGGUGAUUGUCGCUGUUCUCAACGCUGGACGGAACUCCUUUUCGUUCUUCCUACUCCUCAUCGUCUGCAUGGGCUACGGUGUCGUGAAACCCUCCCUGGGCCGGACGAUGGUCUAUGUCCGCGUCCUCGCCAUCGCUCACUUCGUCUUUGCCGUCAUCUACGCCGUUGCAAGUCUGUCCAUCACGCCAGAUAGUGCGGGCCCUCUUGUCCUUCUGAUUGUGCUUCCGCUCGCCGGUACCUUGACGGCUUUCUACGUGUGGACGCUGAACUCGUUGAAUGCGACCAUGAAGGAUCUGGUGGACCGAAAGCAGAAGACCAAGGCUAUGAUGUACAAGAAACUGUGGUGGUGCAUUUUGGGCAGCAUCAUUGUGAUCUUUGGUUUCUUCUUCCUCAACUCGAUCUCCUUCGCUGGCCGCAGUGACGCCAGCUUCGUCCCGGACCACUGGAAGACCCGUUGGUUCGUCCUGGACGGCUGGCUCAACAUCGUGUAUCUCUUCGACAUUGCAUUUGUGGCCUACCUGUGGCGACCUACCGCGAACAACCGACGAUUCGCCAUGAGUGACGAGCUUGCCCAAGACGAUGACGGAUUUGAGAUCCGGUCCCUCGGCAGCGGUUUGGACGAGGAGGAAGGACCUAUGGGUGGCUUGGAGAGCCACUAUGGCUCGGGACACCGUCGCGACCUGUCCCCUAUUCCUCCUAAGCCCGUUCCAUCUGCCCCCCGCCAGCGCGAGUCCCUCGAUGGUGAGACCAUCUUCGCCGUCGGAGAGGAUGGCGACAAGUGGUCCGAUGACGAUGAGUCCCCGCGCAAUUCGAGCGAAAGAAAGCGACUCACGGGCAAGGACUAAGCGUAAGGUGGCAUCCUAACUGUGGGGGUGGGGGCUUCUUGAGUCGCGAUGAUUAGUGGUGCAUCCUGUGCGCCACUGUGUACUGAUAUCGAGGGUGGACAUACCCUUACCUGUCGGCUCAUUUGGAUACAACUGGACUUGUUGGCCUGUUCCGACGCUGCCACUGCUCUACCUGGCGGACAUGUAUGUCAUGGCGUUGGCCGGUGUUCUGUUCUGAACCUGUCUUCUUCUCACUUUCAAUUCUUUGCUUCCUUCUUCGUUCGUGUAGCUUGUGGAGAUGGUAUUCAUUUUGCUGUUCUAUAUUCCCUGAAUAUUUAUUCAUUAUUUUUGAUCAAAUGAC